UAUGGUUUGGCUCCUGGGGUCUUGGGGUCAUGUCGAGGGCCUUCACGGAUGCCUCGUUACCAACUGCUGUUUGACAUGCCUCCGCACAACUCCUACUCGAACACACUACCGCCUGGGCGAACAGGCCAUGCUUGUGUGCAGUGUAGACACAGGAAACAGAAAUGUGGAGGCUUCACAUACGAUGUCAAGUGCCAGCCAUGUACCAAUCGCAAUGUCGAAUGCAGCUUCCAGGAAGAGGUCAAGGAGCUGCGCCUCAACCCCUACCUCCGCCUCAGGUCUUCGCGAUCGCCUUCAGCCAAUUUCGAUGAUCCGCGCAUAGAAAAUACUCGCGUUUCUGCAGCUAGUUCUUCAUCUUUCUUAGUCUCAGAUCCGACCGCGUUGGCCAGUGGGGCUGUACAGCUGGAUGCCCGACAUGCUUCACCAGCAGAGGAAGCCCUUCCGAAGAAGGUUGAUUCGCUACAAUCACGUGUCGCUGAGUUAGAGCAAAGACUCGGCAUAGCCCACGGCGGCAUUGCAGACUACGUGGACACUGCUCCACGCUCCCAGGCGAGAACAUCGCUUCUGCAUCAUGCCAAACCUGACCAGACUCAACAGAGCUAUGAUUCCCCUUCGUCGGUUCCUGUAGGCUUACUAUGCAAUUCCAACCCACAAAGCUUGCCCAGCCCCCAUGGAACUGUCAACACCGAUGGACCAUUGAAAGCGUUGAACAGUAUGCAAAGGGAGGAUCCUGGUGCAUUGGAAAUAAAUGAUCCGAUCACUCGCUCAGUGCUGACAGAGGGUGAAGCGCAUGUCAUAUUUCGCCUUUAUUUCUCGAACUGCCACCUCAAUGUGCCAUUGCUUGAUGUAAAUGUUGAUGCUGAAAUUGAUCGCGUACGAUCGAGGAGCGCUUUGCUGUUCAUUGCGAUACUCUCAGUCGGUGCCCGGUUCUGGAGUGCUUCUUCAAAAAGCUCUUGCUGGCUGCAUCCUCGGUAUACUGACCUUGUCCGGCUCCUCGAUGCUGAAAUCAUGCGGGUCACACUGCGCCCUAGACAUGAGGACCAACGCCUCGAAACAGUGCAGGCACUAAUGUUGUGUGCGCACUGGAUGCCCUUCGAUCUUGCCCCGGGGCCGCAGCGUUAUCAAUCACGGUUUUCUGAAGCUGGUGCGUGGCAGUGUCUAGGAUUAGCUAUACGGUGGGCGACAUCCCUGACGCUGGAACGCAGCUGCCAUACCAGCUUCCUACACCCUGAGACUGUCACCCAGGAAGACGCACGGCGAUUUCGGACGAUGCUGUAUCUUGUGGAGAGCGAUCACUACCUCGCACUCUCUGCUCGACGGCCAUCGUAUCUCAAUCCGAAGCCCCUCUACGACGUGCUCACCAACUUCCUUGGAUGUAAGUACGUACAGGCUACGGACACCCGCUUAACAAGUCUUUUUCGAGUAGCUUACAGCACUCACUUUACUGAGUGUCGACCAACAACCAUCGAGAGUGUCGAAGCCUUUGACCACGAUGUGCAGCUGAUCGAGCGACGCUUCAUGGCGCGCCAGGGCGAUCAAUCAAUGGAUAGAUUCAGCCAACAUUUCCCUUUUACCUCACUGCAGUGGUAUCGGCUGUCAUAUGCCUGCGCUUUUCUUGAUGCCACCGAUCCAUCUCAACGGACGGGGAAGGUGUUGACAUGGGCCGUAGAAUGGGCGAGCCAGAUCCUCGUUCAUUUGUCCAAGCCAUUGUCUGCCAUUAGGAGUCCAUUGCAGGUGCAGCUGGAGCCUGAUCCGAGUGUGGUUGACAUGAUGUCCUUUGCUAUUGACCACUAUUAUGUCGUUAUUGCGUAUGCGGCCUUCUUCCUUGUCAAUAGCUGGCUAGUGAGCCUGAUAGACAUCAAUCUCCGCCCUCAUUCCUCGCCCCAGCCGAAUGAAAUCCCCGUUUCAGGAAACAUAGACCCAUCUGCUUCUUUGCUCUUCCGGCUUGUCGACGUUGCCGCCCGUACGCUGGAGGCAGCCAGCCCGCCCGAAGGGCACCUUGCACGCCGCUACUCGACACUUCUGCGUGGUAUGGCAGGGCUGAUAUUAUCUGGUAACACCCAGGCACAGACCAACAACCCUUCCUCAAGUAACGAUUCGAGUGCUAUAUUCAUGGAUGCCAACAAUUUUGCGCCAGAGCAGCUGCAGAACCAUUUGGGUGAAGACCUCUGGGAGAUGUGGCAGCAAGCGGGACUGGAGCCGAUGAUCUGGUCGAACUUGUUAGAUACCAUUUAAUGCUCAUAGCCUAGAGCGUCCAUCGUAUAUAUAAUCAAUCAAAUUGGUGGCUAGCGAUCAGAAGGUUACAUAUUUAGUAAUGUUGGCC